CUUUAUUUCUUAGGUAUGGACAAGAUGGACGACGUGCAUGACGCCACUUCUUGUUGGCUGUUUGUAGUGUGGCUACCAGAAACGCUGCUUUCGAUUGGCUCAACAAGCCAGCUGGUGGUGGACGCCAUUGCAUCGUUGAAAACGUGAAAUCGCGAAAUCGACUGGCCAAAGAUGUCUGUUGAACCCUCUGUAAAAAGGAUUCGUGGAGAAGGAAGCUCUGUGAUAGAAGCCAUUCAGACGUGUUGCAAGUACAUAGCAGAUUUGAAGCAAGUGUUUAAUCAGAGGUUUUCUGUUCUUGAAAGCAAAGUAGGCAUAAUGGCAACAAAUUUUAACACCCUUCUACAAAGGAUGGAUGCAUUGGAAAAUUUGGUAAAAAGAUCACUAAAAUGUGAUAGUCACAAACAUACAUGUUGUGAGGAUGUGUUGGGAAAGAUUGAGCGAAUGGAGGAAGCUUUGAAAUCUGUUUCCAUUAUGAACCAGUCAGCAAUAUCAAAAGAUGCAACAGACUCAGGAUCAGAGAGUUGGUCAUCUCCUGUAGUGUUAGUACGGAAUAAUAAACCAGCUCAAGUCAGUGCCUCUGUUGGACUGGACUCAACAGUUCAGGUUAUUACACUAAACAGUGAAAAUGAUUAUCCUGAUGGCUCUUGGCUAGGGGAUGAAACUAAUCCUGAGUCAAGAGUUCGAUGUGGCAUAAGUCCAGCCAACCUCCUACACAUCAAUACGUUCUGUCAUAGUCCAGAAAAAAUGGCUGUUACGUUGUUGGAUUAUUUAUUUCCAAGAGAAGUUCUGGCAGUUUCAAACCUCUCUGGGAAGGGAAAGCAUGGUAAAAAACAACUGGAUCCACUUAUGAUAUAUGGCAUUCGUUGCCAUUUAUUACACAAGUUCAAUAUUACUGAACGAGACUGGUACAGGAUAAAGCAGAAUAUGGACUCUAAAUGUAGAACAGCAUGGAGGAAGAAGGUGCGAGGCCUGCCUCUUGGAGGAUUCAAGAAUACUAGCUCAAACGAUGCUUCCAGUCAUCAGCUAAUCUGUGAAGAUGGUGAUCCACUUAUUAUAACCUCAAGUCAGUUUGCUGAAGAUGAUACUGUAGAGGAAAUAGAAACACAGUUAAUCCAUACACCAGAGGGAGAUAUUAAGGUGUUGCACGCUACUCCAGAGCAACUCGCCAGACUCCAAGAAAUGCGCCAUGUUCAAGUUUUCAGUGAAAGUUUGGUAGUACCUGUUCUUCAUGAAAGUUCUCAUAUUCUUGAAACUGAAGAAUCAGAUGUACCCACUGAUGAUAGUCCACCAUUGACUAUAGUAACAUCUAGUGGUAACGUCACUCUUGAUGUUGCAGAAAUUGCAAGAAAUAACCCAAAUUUUCUUGAAGCACAAGAUAUAUCAAUGGGAGCAGCACAAUUAUUGCAAGCUGAAAGUGAAGAAGAAAACUCCGAAAACAUAAUGAAAAAGAGUGGUUCGUGUUAUAUAGUCCCUGAGUAGAGCAGAAAGGAACAUCACCUAUGGACAUUAAAUGAAAAUAGAGGGGAAGUCUCCUUAAACAUUCAGUGUAUCUAAUGGGAAGAGUUUCUGUUGUUUCAUUCAUUGCAGGCAAAGAAAACAGCUGGUUUUUUUUUCAGUUUUUAAUUCCUAAUUAUGACUGACAGAUACUACAUUUGUCUUAACAGCCAUUGACACACUGUUUAACAAACAUUGAUCUGUUCAGUGCAAAAACUAUAUUUAAGUAAAAAAUACAAGUGGCAACCAUCAGUGUGGAGUAUUAUUUACAAUAAUGAAAUGAACGCAAAAGGGAGAAAACGUAUACUAGUUCAUCAAACCUCUCAAGUGUGAAACUGUAUUUUUAUAAUGUACAUUUGAAUUAUAUGUAGGUAUUCCAUGUUUACACUUUGAUUUACAAUAAAUGUUUGCCAUGUUUCAUUCUCUUUAUGACCCACACCUGUUGUUACAUUAAGGAAUUGGUUAUUUGUUGCUUUGACAGUUUUUAUAAAUUGAUUGAAUAAAUAUGUGUAUUUGUAGUGAUUUACUUGCACUUCGAAAAUUUUGUGGAUGUUCUAUUUGCUGUCUCAGUGAAGCAUAAA